GACUAAACCGUUCCCUCACACAAAAGAAGCUUUGCCGCACACCCUUUCUUCUCUGUCUCUCUCUACACUCGCGCUUAGCUAUUCUCUCUCUCUCCAUCAUUUCCUUCUUUAUUUUCUGCCCUCUGAUUCUCUCUCUCUCUCCGUUUGUUCGUAUUGAUCCUACGGCGUCGUUUUGAUGGCUGCUGCGAGGGUUGAGCGCGGAGAUCUAUGGAAGAGCAAUGCCCUCUCCGUACAACGCCGGCUCAGGGAGCGGUUCAGAGUCGAGGUGGACCGCCGGUUCAGGCACCACCCGGUUUUCGCUGACGGUUACUUCGCCUCCACAGUGCAGCGUUGGCUCCAGCGGUUCCGUGAUUUCAAGAGGGACUCUCUUCCGUCCUCCACCGUCUUCUAUCGCAAACGAGUGGGCAAGGAAAUCAACGCUGAAGAAGAGUCGGCCAUUCUUCGCAUGGUGCAAGCUGUUGCUGUGCCGGUCAUUGGCAAUGUUUGCCAUGUGUUCAUGAAUGGAUUAAAUCGUGUUCAGGUCUAUGGUUUAGAAAAGUUACACGACGCCUUGCUACGCAGACCCAAAGAUAGGCCUCUUAUAACGGUUAGCAAUCAUGUGGCUUCUAUGGAUGAUCCACUUGUUAUUGCUGCACUGCUUCCUCCAAAUGUUCUUCUGGAUGCUAAGAACUUGAGGUGGACACUCUGUGCAUCUGAUAGGUGUUUUUCGAAUCCUGUAACUUCAGCAUUUUUCCGAUCUGUCAAAGUCUUGCCAGUUGCUCGUGGUGAUGGGAUUUAUCAAAAGGGUAUGGACAUUGCUAUUUCAAAAUUAAAUCAAGGUGGCUGGGUUCACAUCUUCCCAGAAGGUAGUCGUUCUCGAGAUGGUGGUAAAACCCUGGGGUCACCCAAGAGAGGUGUUGGGAGGUUGGUUCUUGAUGCUGACAAUAUUCCCAUGGUUAUUCCAUUUGUACAUAGCGGGAUGCAGGACAUCAUGCCUAUUGGUGCCAGCUUCCCGAGGAUUGGCAAGACGGUGACGGUGGUUAUUGGUGAUCCAAUCUACUUUGAUGAUUUGCUAAAUAAUGAACGAGCAAAGCAUUUAUCAAGAGGAAAGUUAUAUGAUGCAGUAUCCUCAAGAAUUGGUCAUCGACUACGUCAACUGAAAGUUCAGGUUGACAAACUGACUCAAGGGACACAAUUACUAAAUGAUGGUUCACUGAUGGAAGAAACUCCAGAACAACUAGUUGUUGUCGGUACACAAGAGCCCAGGUCUUUUGAUCGGUUCCGAGUGGGUUUCUCAAAAGAUGGCUGGAUGCGUAAUUUUAUGGAACCUACUGAGCUGAUGGGAUUUGCAGCCAGGGGCUUAUUUAUGAACCGUAGAGCAGUUGAAACCUCAGAAAGUGGUAGUAGAAGGGUUGGCCCGUUGAAAGCAUGGAACCAAUUUCUUGAAGCCGAUGUACUACCAAGAUGGAACUUUGCCUGACAUUACUUCUAACUUUACUCUAGUAGAGGCUGAUGUAAAUUAUAAUUAGGGUGUUCAUUUAUAAAUGAACUACAAUUUUGGUCAGGAAUUUUUUUUUUCCCAGCUUCAAAGGAAGGUUAUAAUAAAAAGGGCAGUUUGUUGUUUAAACAGGUGAAAUUUGCUAAAGCGAAAUAUGAUCCGGUAUUUACUGAA